UUUUUCAUCAUUAUACGCUCUGCUGUGAGUGUUGUCUUCCUCUCUGCUGCGUUUCUUCCUCUCGUGUACGGUCAGACGACGACGACGACGACGACGACGACGACACUCUCCUCUGACCACUCUCCUCACUGCCCUCCGCCCUCUCCCUCUCUGGCGCAAGGCAGUUGCCAAAAAAAAAGAAGAAGAAAUGGCUAAGACUUCGGAUGUGAUACCUCUUAAUGGAGAUGGAAUGGACAUUGACUACGACGAGUUUGAUGACGAGGAUGAUGAUGAUGAUGAGAUGGCAGCUAUUGAUGCCAUAAGCGACCUCGGAGAGCCCUUUCUACGUGAUUUCACUAGAAAGGCAGCAACGGCAUUCUUUGAUCAGUAUGGCCUGAUCAGUCAUCAGAUCAACUCGUUCAAUGACUUCAUCCGAAACGGAAUCCAACGGGUCAUCGACGACUUUGGCGAUCUUGAAAUCGAGCCUGGAUACGAUCCCUCUCGGAAGGGUGACGCUGAAUGGAAGCACGCCGUGGUGCGGUUUGGGAAGGUCACCAUCGACAAGCCUCAGUUUUGGGCAGGUGAUAAGCUAGCUGAGAGUGGAAAAGGGUAUCUUGAUGUAUUACCGAGGCAUGCUCGUCUCCAGAACAUGACAUAUGCCUCGAGAAUGAAGGUCACUGUGUCUAUCCGGGUCUACAUUCCGAAACUUGUGAGUAGUGAUAAGUUCAAAACUGGGAAGGAACAGUCCCUUCAGCAUGAGCCAGUAUUUGAAGAAACGAAAGAGGUGUUGGCUGGGAGGAUACCUAUCAUGGUGAAAUCUGAUCUGUGCUGGAUGAGUGGUGCUGAGAAGGAUGAUUGUGAUUUUGACCUUGGAGGUUAUUUCAUCGUCAAGGGUGCUGAAAAGACCUUUAUUGCCCAAGAGCAGAUCAGCUUGAAGAAGCUCUGGAUUUCAAACACUCAGGGGUGGACAAUUGCAUGCAGAUCUGCAUGGAAGAGGAAAAGGUUGUAUAUUAAGCUUUCUGGGAAUUCUCAAGUUGAAGACAUUAAAGGGGGUGAGAAGGUCCUCACCAUCUAUUUUCUGUCAACAGAAAUACCGCUAUGGAUAUUAUUUUUUGCGCUAGGCGUAAAAUCAGAUAAAGAAGUUGUCGACUUGAUUGAUUAUGGGCAUGAUGAUUCCAGAGUCUCCAAUGUGCUCUUAGCUUCCAUUUAUGAGGCAGAUGAGAAGUGUGAGGGCUUCCGUAGAGCAGGGAAAGCACUAAGUUAUGUGGAUAAAAAUAUUAAGAGCUGCAAGUUCCCGCCUACAGAAUCAAUCUCUGAAUGCUUCAACAACUACUUGUUCCCUACUCUAAGUGGAGCAGGGAACAAGGUGAAGGCUCGUUUUCUCGCCUACAUGGUCAGGUGUCUCUUAGAGGCCUAUACUGGCCGACGGAAAUGUGACAGCAAGGAUGACUUCAAAAACAAGAGGUUGGACAUGGCUGGGGAGCUUCUAGAGAGAGAGAUCAGAGUGCAGAUUCUUAAUGCUCGAAGGCGAAUGCUGAGGGCAAUUCAGAGAGACCUGUAUGCUGAUCGUAAUCUUCGCGAUAUUGAAAAUUAUCUGGAUGCUUCCAUUAUCACAAAUGGUCUGCAAAGGGCUUUCUCUACUGGAGCUUGGUCACAUCCUUUCAAAGCAGAACGUAUCUCAGGCGUUGUGGCAACUCUGAGAAGGCAAAAUCCGUUGCAGACGGUUUCAGAUAUGAGAAAAUUGCGUCAGCAGGUUAACUAUACGGGGAAGGUUGGAGAUGCACGUUAUCCGCACCCUUCACAUUGGGGCAAGGUCUGCUUCCUCUCUACACCAGAUGGCGAGAACUGUGGGCUUGUCAAGAAUUUGGCUGCUACAGGGCUUGUGACAAUUAAUAUAUCUGAAUCUCUGUAUGAAAAGCUGCUUGAUUGGGGAAUGCAAGGAGUCGUUGAUGAUACUUCCACUUCACUGUGUGGCAAAGUCAAAGUUUUCCUGAAUGGAGACUGGAUUGGUGUCUGUGAAGAUUCACUUGCAUUUGUCACUCAGCUCAGAAACAAGCGGCGGCAUAAGGAGAUUCCCCCAGAGGUGGAGAUCAAGAGAGAUGAACACCAUGGAGAAGUGCGCAUGUAUUCAGAUGCUGGAAGGGUUCUUCGUCCCCUUUUGGUUGUUGAGAAUUUGAAGAAGAUACCAACGCUCAAAGGCAGCAGUUUCACUUUCCAGAAUCUGCUGGAUAAGGGAAUCAUCGAGCUUAUUGGUGCAGAAGAAGAGGAAGACUGUUGCACGGCAUGGGGGAUUCGAUACAUUUUAAGGGAAAGAGAAUCAAAGAAUCCUGUCAAGUACACUCACUGUGAGCUUGACAUGUCGUUCUUGUUGGGGCUGAGCUGCGGGAUUAUUCCAUUUGCCAAUCACGAUCACGCGAGGAGAGUCCUCUAUGAAUCUGAGAAGCAUUCGCAGCAGGGCAUUGGGUUUUCAACAACAAAUCCUAACAUCAGAGUAGACACACUCUCCCACCAGUUAUACUAUCCACAAAGGCCACUUUUCCGGACGUUUCUCUCAGACUGUCUUGGAGAGCCGGAACUUUCGCUUGUUCGUAAGGGGACAAUCCCUAAGCCUGAGUACUUCAAUGGGCAGAAUGCGAUUGUGGCCAUCAAUGUCCAUCUCGGGUACAACCAAGAGGACUCCUUGGUGAUGAACCGGGCUUCGCUGGAGCGUGGAAUGUUCCGAUCAGAGCACAUCAGGAGCUACAAGGCUGAUGUGGACAACAAGGAGUCUUAUCAGAAGAAUAAGAAACCUGAGGAUUCUGUCAAUUUUGGAAAAAUACAGAGUAAGAUUGGGAGGGUGGACAGUCUCGAUGAUGAUGGCCUCCCCUUUGUUGGAGCAAACUUGCAGAGUGGUGAUAUUGUCAUCGGGAGGUGUGCUGAGUCUGGGGCAGAUCACAGUAUAAAACUCAAGCAUACUGAGCGAGGCAUGGUCCAGAAAGUGGUCCUCUCCGCUAAUGAUGAAGGGAAAAACUACGCUGUUGUUUCUCUUAGACAGGUUCGCUCCCCGUGCCUUGGCGACAAGUUUGCCAGCAUGCACGGGCAGAAGGGCGUGCUCGGUUUCCUCGAGUCCCAAGAAAAUUUUGUUUUCACGAGGCAAGGAAUUGUUCCUGAUGUUGUCAUAAACCCACACGCCUUCCCCUCGAGGCAAACACCGGGUCAGAUUCUGGAAGCAGCCCUUGGAAAGGGUAUCGCAUGUGGUGGGCCUGUGAAAUAUGCCACCCCUUUCUCCACUCCAUCCAUCGAGGACAUCACCAAUCAACUGCACAGAGUUGGGUUCGCGAGAUGGGGAAAUGAGAGGGUGUACGAUGGUCGGACGGGCAAGCCAGUGGAGUCACUCAUCUUCAUUGGCCCCACAUUCUACCAGCGUCUGAUCCACAUGGCGGAAGACAAAGUGAAGUUCCGGAACACGGGUCCCGUUCACCCUCUGACCCGACAGCCUGUGGCCGAUAGGAAACGCUUCGGUGGGAUCAAGUUUGGGGAGAUGGAGAGGGACUGCCUCAUCGCCCACGGGGCUUCGGCAAACCUCCACGAGCGGCUCUUCACCCUCAGCGACUCGUCCCAGAUGCACAUCUGCCAGAAGUGCAAGAACAUUGCAAAUGUGAUCCAGAGGGCUCUUCCUGGUGGUCGGAAGAUCAGGGGACCACACUGCAGGUUCUGUAAAUCGUCCGAUGAUAUCGUGAAGGUGAACGUGCCAUAUGGAGCUAAGCUGCUGUGCCAGGAGCUGUUCAGUAUGGGGAUAUGUCUCAAGUUUGACACCCGUCUUUGUUGACUCUAUCGGAGUUUAUUUCAUGGGUCUUUAUCAGGUAUUCAAGUUAUCAUAGUUCCUUUUGUAGAUUUCUAUCAGGCACUGAAGUUGCAAGGAGAAUUGCACUAAGUUGAUAUCAAUAGAUGUCCCAGCUAGCUCCUCUCUC